UUAAAAUGCAAUGAUCCUGAUCUGGUGUUGUUUGUUGUGUCCAUGAAAGAAGACCGAUGGACUGAAGAUGAAAUUGAAACUAUUGCUCUAGUUAAUAGAGCAUUGGGUGAAGAGAUUUGGCAAAACACUUUACUUGUACUGACGUUUGCAAAUGAAAUUUAUAAUGUUAAAAGAAAAGAAGAAUUGGCUAGUUUGUUUGUUGAAACAUUGCGGAAUGAGACAGGAAUAAGUCUAACAACUGAUGACAUGCCAGUUGCUUUAGCUGGUCACUUAUCAAAAGGUGAACAUUUGCUUGAAUAUGGAAUUGAAUAUUGGUAUACACAGCUCUUCAUUAAGGGUAUAAAACAAGUCAAAAAUAAUGGAGCAGAUGCUUUAAUGCUUCUUAUUCUUUAUCAUAAAGAUCAAGUACGUCUCACUGAAGCCAUGAAAGAAGCUUUUUGUGAUAUUUACAAUCACAAAGCAACAAAGACAGUUUUUGCAAUAGGAACUUUCACAAUAUUUAUGGUAGUGUUGCCAUUUUCAUGGAUCCCUACUGUUAUUGUUGCUGCUGUUGGCACAAUAACUACUGCAUUAAGCUAUGAUGUUGUUAAAAGGGUCACUACACUGGAUGAAUUUUGCAACAGUUGAAAAUUAUACAUACUG